AUGAGCACGCAACAGCAGAGCCAGACGGACCUCUUCUGGGACUCGGAACAUGCCCGCGACCGCGCCCUCGCCUUCACCCGCACUGCGACGCCGACCACGAGGGCGGGGAAGGAGCCUGAGAGGCAGGAUGCGCCCCUCAGCCUGUUUGAGACGGUCAUCACCUCCUACCCGCCCGUCCUGGAGUCGCUGCUGGCCCAGAUCCCCACCGUCGCCCUCCUCGACCUCUACCACACCUCCCGCCACCUGCGCGCCUUCCUGCGCAAGUACCCGCUGGCAUGGAAGACGCUCUCGUUCCGCCUGCCCCAGCCCGCCGUCACUGUGGGCUCGCCGGGCAACGAGACGCCCGACAGCAGAGAGCGCGCCUCCAAGGCCUACUCGUUUGACGCCCUGCUGAAGCAGAUCAUUGCGCCCAACGGCACGCGCCUGACGAGCCUGGACCUCUGCAACACGGCCGUCACGGGCAUCGCGCUGGUGGGGAGCGUGCUUGCGCCGCGGAUAAAUACCCUCCAGCACCUGUCCGUACGCGGCUGCAAGAACGUCUCCAUCAAAUACCACAUUGUGCCCUUCCUCGAGCCCUACACGCUCAAGGAUGCGCCGUGGAUACAAAAGGACCUCGCGCUCAAGAGCCUCUACACCUACCGCUGCCGCCACCACCGCCGCCGACCGUAUCUGCCCUCUUCUCUCAUCCGGAGGGACUCCGACUCCGACCCGACGCACCAGCUCAUCGAGAUAUGCCACCAAUUGGGAAUAUGGACAGACACGGCGUGGUGCCCGAGUCCCGGUGGGCGCUGCUUUCGGAGAAAGGACUACCAUGCGGGGAGAGCGGGGCCACAGAACAUGGAGGUCUGGGUGCCGUUUGACAGGCUCUGGAGGUCGAGCAACCGCAUAGGGCCGUUCGAGGGCACAUCGACCCUGGGCGACCACGAUGGCAGACUGUGGGAGAUAUCAGAAACCGGACAGGAUGGCGAGCCACUGGGCACAGAGAACGGCCACUUCCAAGGAGAGGGCAAACACGUGCCCGCGCAUCUGAGGAAGAGCCACACCAUCUUCGUUGAGGAGGUCAAGUGCGCCCAGUGCAGCGACAUCAUUCUGGAACGCUGCGAGUCCUGCAGCGUUCGCAUGCACUGCAUGGGCUGUCGCAAGACGCUCUGCGCGAGCUGUGCAUUCAACAGACCGAUACCACGGAAGCGGGCAAAGACACGACACUUUGCGAACCUGGCGUUUGGGAACAGCUCUACACUAGGUGGCACAAUCGGACAGGCAUCUGGGUCAUUCUCCUCGCUCGAAGACCGAAACGCCGACGAGAAGGCCGAGCAUAACCGUUUCUGGUGGGCUCCCGGCGCAACACGAUCACCCAAUCUGAUGAAUGAGAGCGCGAACGAGGACGACUCUUCCGACUCUGAAGACGGCGGCAACCUCAACAACGGCCUUGCUGGGCUCCAACCAAAUCGCGAGCCCCCGAAGCUGAACAUGUCUUGGUGCUGCCUGGAGCCUAUAUUCUCUGGUGGCGGCGGCAUAGCCGUGCUAGGUACUGGAUUAGGCGGCCGGGGCGCUGAUAAGAUACGAGCAGCACCAUUGCCACGGACCAAGCAGUUCGAGGAUCCAGACUUCAGCAACCAGUUACGGCCGGUCGACUACAUUCGCGAACUGAAGAACAAUGGGCUGUAUGAAUAUGUUCUCGGCGAAGAUGUCGAUAUGCUCUCAUAUCUCAAGCAGGAGUCAUUAGAUCUGCAGCAGCAAACAUGUCUACGGGGCUUGUGUCAAGAUUGCUACCGGAGCUUUAGAUGGAAGGUGUCCUGUCGAGCGUGCAAGAAUCCAAUAUGUAAAGAACACGACUUCAGGGCGCUCAAAGUCCGCAAGUGUGGUUAUCGAGACAUGCAGACGGAGCGCGACCACCUCGAUCGAGAUGUCGACCACGUCGUCCUUCAAUUCAACGCUGACAAACGAUCCUUUCGCGGUUACUUCGUCUCUUCCUUUCGUACCUGUCAGCUCGGCCCGGCCACGGUCAUUCAGUGUGUCCGGUGUGCGAGGGCGCCUUGCCGAAUCAUGGACUGCAAUGCAGAAGGCGCCUCGACCACAAAUACCGAACUCAAUCACGAAUCCACUUCCACUGCCAUGCAAUCCAAGACAUCCCGUUCAAUGGGAAGGCCCACCGUCCGUGCCAAAUGCCGCCUCGAAGCCGAGCUCAGAGCCAAGAAAGAAGCAGAACUUCGCGCCAUUGCCAAACUAGAAAAAGACAGAGAAGAGCGCGGCCAAGCCGACGAACUUGCAGGCGCGAUGAACGAGUUCUUCUCCGCAUUGUAUGUACAAGACAUGGUUGCCGGCUUCGACAAUCGUGUCUCGGACAGCAACUUCUUGGAACCGAACCCGAGCGGAAGUGAAUUUCCUUUAGCGAGUCCGGACAGCAUCACGGUCACGACAGAAUUUGGUGUUGUGGAAGAAUCAGGCACCAUCACGAUUAUCAGUGCCAGCGGACCGAGCCCACAUCACCAGGCUUUUGACAACGACACCGAAGACGAGAACAACGUUGAAAUGACCGAAGACCUGAAUAACGACAUGCCAGAGCUGCAAAUCAGUUUGUCACCACUGCAGCUUGCACCGCAUACAACCACAAUGGACACCCGGGGUGGGAAACAAAUACAAGGGAUUCAGCGCAAACUAACCCAGAUAAGGAAAGUUGCCGAAAGCGCAUUUAUGAAAGAAUUUUAUGAUCACGAAGACACUGGCGGUGGAUAUGCCCACACCCACUGUUACCGCCAUAUAUUAUAA